CAUACAACAACUGCUACCUAUCUUCAACCUAUCCAUAAGUCGCUGCCUACGACGUUUCCAUCACCUCUUAUUUAAUGCGUGCUAAUAGCACCAUCAUAUAACACAUAAACAAAUAAAUGUAACGGACAAAAUUUCAAAUACCUAUCAAAAUGGUGAGCGGCGGAGAGGGGCGCAAAGGUCCCGAUGACGAAGGUACAAUUAACGUCGCCUCGAAGAAAGUCAUACGAGAUAGGCCAAACGGUAUAAUCAAACUAAAGAAGCCUGUACCGAAGCAAGUAAAACCCGGUAAUUGGAGAGAUGGUAGCGUUGCCGAUGAUGAUAAGAAAUCUAAAUCCUCCGAGAACCCUUCCGUCAUCGUUGGCGUCCCGUCUCCCGGACCCGUGGUCAACCAGUUAGACGAAAACUCGCGCGAGACCUUUGCGACCGGACGGCCUCUCGAAGAUAGUCUUAAUCUCCAACAAUGUAAACACUGCAAAAAGGGCAUUAUCAAAACCGCAGCGAAGGAACAUAUUGCGCAAUGCCUGCGAAUCAAAAAAGAGAAAGCCCAGCGCAAAAAAGAGGCUAGGGAAGCGAGGGAACGAGCAAAGGAACAAGCGCGGGAAGAGGAAGCUCGCAAAGCCGACGAGGAUGGAGAUGCUAAGAUGAAUGAUGACAGCGAUGAUGACGACGACGGUUCGCCCGAGAAAAAAGGGACUAGUGGGAAAGCAACUAAGAAGGUAGGUGGUAAGAAGCCGGACGGUGAGCCGAAGGGCAAGAAACGAAAGGCCGACGGUGAUGCCGACAAGGGACCAAAGAAUAAGAAAAAGAAAGAGGAGCCGAAGCCAAAAGUUCCCAAGCCUAAAGGCCCCGUUGAUGUUGAGAAGCAAUGUGGUGUUAUAUUGCCCAACGGGCAACCAUGUGCGCGGUCUUUAACAUGCAAAAGCCAUAGCAUGGGAGCCAAACGUGCCGUCGCCGGUCGAUCACUUCCUUACGAUAUGCUGCUUGCUGCGUAUCAAAAGAAGAACCAGGCGAAACAACAAAAGGCCGCAUUGGAUGCAAACGCUCCGCUAGAGGACGACGAUGACGCUAAUGCCGGACCAGUCGACUCUGAUGAGGAGACUGCUGCUGUCAUGAGCGCACUAGCACGAUGGAAUCCACAGCCCGUCUUGCCGCCGCCCGUCUUUGAGCCUAUCAGGAGGACUUACCAACUAGCGCGUCUCCGCGAACAGCUCCACACGGCGACCAAUGGCGGGCGUACCAACAUUUUUAAGGUGGUUGGAUUUGGUGCUCAGAAGCUCCCCGAAAACCAUAUUGAUACGAAUAUGGACCUAGACGACGCGCCAGGGGAGCCAGACCUAGGAAUGAUGGGCGCGGUGGGCGUUCGACGGUCCUCGAGUUUUGGCAUGCAAGCCAAUUCACGACGACCGUCCGUAGCAAGCCGAGCUUAGGACGGGCUGCUCUCAUGCGGCAUAUCGUAUGAGGAGGAUAUCAAACAAGGAUAUCAAGCGAGCGUCUAAACAAGGGUUCAGCUAAGUCGUUUGAGCUUGCAUUCCCUUUUUCUGGAAAUAAUAUCUUGGUUGGAAUCAGCCGGCAUCAUCCCCAUUACAACUGCAUGUACCUCCU